CUAAACACAAGAACCCAAAUACUAACUUGCAACCACUCUCCAGCAAUUUUUCAGCAUCCUCUUCCCCUUCCUCUUCCCUUCUUCGCUUCUUCCACUCUCCUUGAAUCCGUCGCCUUUCCUUCCUACCGCAGCCGACCGGCCAGCAGCACCUCCGUCUCCCCUCAGACCUGUACCUUCUCCCCAAGAAACACCUUGCUUGCUCUUCACUUGGUAUUUGCUUCUUUGAUUCCAUGGACCAGACAGAAGCCGCAGUCGCCGCUGUCCCGCCGCCGGUGCCCACGGCGGCCCCCGUCGUGCCGGUCGAUCUCACGGUCGUCAAGAAACGCCUCGGUGGCGGCGGCGACAUGGCGGUGCACGACUCAUCUGGCAGCCUCGCGUUCCGCGUCACGGCGGCGGACGCUGGUGGCAGAGGCAGGGCGCUCCUCGACGCCUCCGGCAGCACCCUGGUCACCGCGAGGAGCAUCGAGGGUGUGUGGCAAGCAUUCAGAGGAGUUAGUUCGGAACAGAAAGACGCCAUUUUUUCUGCAAAGGUAAUGUCCGCUUCUUCGAAGCGAAAGGAGGUACAUGUCCUUGUACCACCGAGAAGCUCGUUCGAAGAUCCGAAACCAAGCUAUAUACUCGUAGGAAAUCCAUUUCAAAGAGCAUGCACAGUUAUAAACGGCAACUCCAUUGUUGCUCAGGCAAAUCUCCCGUACAAAUUAAACAAGCCCGUCUAUUCAAGACGCAAGUUUAGAGUGACCAUUUACCCAGGAAAUGAUAACAUUUUGAUCAUGGCAAUGAUUAUGACCUUCCUUGUACAAAAAUAACAGAAAUGAUGAGUCACACGUUGCUUUCAGAAAAUUCCGAGGACGAUGUAGCUCCUCCUUCUCCCACUGACCAAUUGCUCUUACUGAACGGACUGAUCUUGUAAAUAUUUCUUUGUUGUUCAGAUUAUUUUCUUGGUUGGUUCUUA